GGACUAAAGCCACGCCCUCUUGUUUGCUAGCAGAGCUGACGCAUCAAUUAGCUCGCUGCUAAGCUCCGGUGUGAACAUGUCUCCCUUCCCGGACGAAGUGGACGUUUUCACCGGGCCGCACUGGCGGAUGAAGCAGCUGGUGGGCAUGUACUCAGACAAGCUGUCCAAGACCAACUUCUCCAACAACAAGGACUUCCGCUCCUUCCUCACGUCGCUGCUGGCCACCUUCAAGGAGUUCAAGAUGCACGAGCAGAUUGAGAACGAGUGCAUCAUGGGGCGGCUGCAGCAGCGCUGCUGCACCGUGCACGACGUGCACUCCGACAACCAGCUGUCGGACAUGCUGCUGCUCUUUGAGAAGGGGCUGCACAGCGUCAAGAGCGAAUACGAGCAGCUGAACUACGCCCGGCAGCUGAAGGAGCGACUGGAGGCCUUCACGCAGGACUUCCUGCCCCACAUGAAGGAAGAGGAGGAGGUGUUCCAGCCCAUGCUCAUGCAGUACUUCACCUACGAGGAGCUGAAGAACAUCAAGAAGCAGGUGAUGGCGCAGCACUGCAGCCAUGAUGUUCUGAAGGGCUUCAGUCUGUGGAGUCAUGAGGAGCUGCAGAAGGUCUUCAAAUAUGCUCACCAUGAGAAGACACUCUAUGUGGAGGUCAAAGAGAAGUCCUCGGUCAACAUCUCUCAGCUUCCUGCUGAAGUCCUGCUGAGGAUCUUUCAGUCUUUGAGUCCCCAAGACCUUUGUCGCUGCAGCCAAGUCUGCCUCUCCUGGUCUGAACUGGCCAAGACCGGAUCUCUGUGGCGCCACAUGUACCCUGUACGCUGGGCUCGAGGUGACUAUUAUUGUGGUCCACCUGGGGGGUUGGACCAAGAGCCAGGUGAUGAUUGGGUGAAGAGUCGAGAGAAGGAAGUUCGAGCGUAUCAGCAGUGGGAUGAAGACGCUGACAUCGAUGAGUCAGCAGAUGAGUCAAUGGACAUGAAGAACUUGGCCAUCAACAACAUUUGUCGUGAGAAGAAAGUCAUCAAUGGAAUCAUCAACAACCUUCUUCCUGCUGUUGGUUCUUAUGUCAAGUCAGUGGUUCUGGCUUAUGCUUCUACCAUCUCCUGUAAAAUGGUGCGUCAGAUCCUGAGUCUUUGUCCUAACAUGUCACACCUGGACCUCACCCAGACUGAUGUUACUGAUCUCACCUUUGACAGCUGGUCAUCGUUGGGGGCGUGUUCUUGGCUGGAGCACGUGGACCUAUCAGGCUGUGAGAAGAUCAGCGAUGAGACCCUGAAGAAACUGUCCCUGGGUCUGGGCGACGUCUUCUCGCCUCCUCAGCAGAACUUCCUCCACGGCGCCGUGCAGCCGCACCCUUGCAGGCGCCAGGCCCUGGUCUUCAAGGCAGGAAGUGGCGGCCUCACCUCCACGCCGGUGUGGCUGCUGGACCCCUCCAAACCGGCCGACAUCGAGGACUCGGCCGAGUGGACGCGGCAAACUGGACUCUUCCUCCCCGGCCUGUGUUGUUGUAGGCGGAGCAGGAGGCGGGGCCACGGGACGGUCCCCAGCACCGCCUCCUAUUUGCACUUGGCCACGUUGGACGUUUGCGGUCACUCCGCCUGCUGCGCCGCCAACAUCAGGACUAGCAAGGCGGCGGCAGGAAGUAGAACCUGCUCGCCCGCACGGACUAAAGCCUGUCGCCGGGCGCUCAAGUUCCUCAGCCUGUCAGGAUGUUACCAAGUCUCCGAUUCAGGACUCAGGGCACUGUCCCAGCGAGGAGGACUUCCUGUCCUGGAACACCUCAACCUGUCCGGCUGCCUCUUCGUCACGGAGGCGGGGCUUCAGGACCUGGUGAGCGUGUGCCCCGCCCUCAACGACGAGCACUUCUACUACUGCGACAACAUCAACGGUCCAAACGCCGACACAGCGAGCGGCUGCCAGAACCUUCAGUGCGGCUUCAGGGCGUGUUGUCGCUCAGGAGAGUGACGCGGAAAAGAAGGUUCCAGAACUGCACUUUAUCUCCUCAGCUGUACUUGUGUCACUUCCAAUAAAGUUUGUGUCAAGAGUUCA